AAUAUCAGUUGCUGUUAUGUGACCAUUUCCUUGGGGAUGCCCGAUACAGUAGGGUGGCUAUUCCCGUUCUGCUCCAAACCCUGCCCACCACAGAAUUCAACAGGCCAUAAACGUAACGGACCGCUUCUUCUCACGAGGAGAGAGCUCUUUAAACGCACUUUGGAGGGGAAAUACAGUACCUGACAAACGGGAGAUAGCGAUGGCAGAGGCUAACAUUUCUGUCACGGAAAGUCAGUUCCGAUGUCCCGUUUGCCUGGAUAUCUUGAAAGAUCCAGUAGCCGUCCCCUGUGGUCACACGUACUGCAUGGUGUGCAUUAAUCGCUACUGGGAUCAGGCGGACGCGGGACACUAUAGUUGCCCGCAAUGUCGGGAUACAUUUAGCCCCCGCCCGGUUUUACGGAGGAACACAGUUCUUGCAGAAGUGGUGGAGAAACUGAAGCUGACGGAACUCGUAAAUGCAUCUGCUCCCGACCGUUAUUUGGGGGGUCUGGGAGAAGUCGCGUGUGACUUUUGCCCGGUUGACCACAAACUCAAAGCUGUUAAGUCAUGCCUGGCAUGCCUGGCCUCUUAUUGUCAGCUACACGUUGUUCCGCAUCGGGAGGUCGGCACUCUGCGGCGGCAUAAACUGGUGGACGCGAUCGAGAGUCUAGCCGAAAAACUCUGUUCACAGCACCGAAUGGGCCUGGAGGGCGGCGGCGGCGACAGCCAGGGCGACUGGACCGGGGACUGUCCGCUCUGCGAGUCAGACCAAGAGGAUCUGCGCAAUGCUGAUGCACAGAGAGCAAGGAGACAGGCGCAGCUUCUGGAGUGUCAGAGGGCGGUGCAAGGCCGGAUUCGGGCCGGGGAGCGGGAGCUGGGGGAGUUCCAGCAGGCCCUCGAUUCGCUCAAGUGUUCGUCAUCCGCUGUGGUGGAGGACAGCGAGACUCUGUUCAUCGACCUGGCCCAGCGACUGGAGAAGACGCGGGUGGAGGUGCGGGCCCGGCUGGAGGCCCAGGAGAGGGCGGUGCUGGGCCGGGUGGAGCGGGAGAUGGAGGAGCUGGAGAGGGAGGUGGCCGAGCUGAGGAAGAGGGACACGGAGAUGGGCCAGCUGCUGCUGACGGAAGACAACGCCUAUUUCCUGCAGUCUGCUUCUUUGCUGUGUGCGCUGCCAGCCAGCAGGAGGCGCCCCGGAGCGGCAGAAAUCUCCACAGAAUGCUUCAGUGCAGCAAGAAGAGCCCUUUCCCACCUGAGGGCCAGGAUGGAGGAGCUCUGGAGGGAGGAGGUAGAGAAGAUCACCAGAGCAGUGAACCAAAAUGUCUAUCAGCUGCCUGGUAAUGACAGUUUGAAAGAUGGGCCUGUGCGGAAGUGUCUCCCCUUAUCAGGAGUGGAGAAGACGGUGGCGCCCUGCCCGUUCCCCCUGUCUCCCCUCAGCCUGCAGCCGUCAGACCAGCGCACGAGGGAGAAUUUUCUCAGGUAUGCCUGCCACCUCUCCCUGGACCCCAACACAGCGCACCCCACUCUGGUGCUGUUUGGAGAUCCCCAGAGAGUCCACUGUGGGGAGGAGCCCCAGGCUUACGGGCCACACCCUCAGCGCUUUGACAGCGUGGCCCAGGUCCUGUGUAGGGAAGGACAGUUCGGGGGAGCCAGCUACUGGGAGGUGGAAUGGAGGGGGGGCGGCUGGGUGGACAUCGGAGUGACCUACCAGGGCAUCGGCCGGAAGGGGGGAGGGAAACCGUGCCUGCUGGGCAGGAACGAAAACUCCUGGAGGUUGCGCUGCACGCACUCGGGGUACGCCGCCUGGCACGACAACCGCAAGACGACCGUGGCCGCCCCGCCCUGCCCGAGAAUCGGUGUUUUUCUAGAGCGCCAGCAGGGGGCACUCUCCUUCUACAGCCUGUCUGAUACAGUCUACCUCCUGCACACCUUCCACUGCCCCUUCACCCAGCCUCUCUACCCAGCUUUCCGGCUGGACCUGGACUCCACCAUCCUCAUCUGUCCCUUUGACUCUCCCACUCUGCACCCUGACCCCUAACCCCUGACCCUGUGUUGUCCCCCCUGGCCCACCCUUCUCCAGUCACCUGUAGUCUUUCACAAUGUCCUGCUAGCUCAAUAAUGGGAUCAGCAACCAAUGAUUUCUUUUGUGACAUUUUAACUCAAAGAGACAUAUCACCAUUUGAGAAACCCAUCUAAAUGGGAUUCAGACCUGCCGCCGGUACUUCAGUCCAGACUAUUAACGUCUCCAUUAUGUCCUUCCUAUACAAUCCUUCGUUUGCCUGCUCACCCUCACCUACACUACAUUCUUGAGCAUGGCAAAAACUGAAUUUAUCUCCCCAUCCCCAAACCCCCCACACACACACACACUCAGUCUGUCCCACUCACUUACAUAAACACCUGUUUCUGAAACUACUUUUCAACAGCCCUUCAUCCUUCCUCUACAACAUCCUCUCCUUUAAUCAUUGUGGGGAAAGAAAUACCAAAGUGUUCCUUUAUUUUUACACAUUUUAUCUCCCUAUUGCCCUAGCACCAGUAUUGGCUCACGUGGAUGUAUGCCGUGACUUUGAAGAGUCAGAGAUGAAUGAUAGCCCUCUCUGAGGACGAUCGGUUUCUGUAUUCCUGAAUCUCACUGUCUGUGUUCUUGAAAAUGGUGCUAUUGUACACUGUUGCUUCUUCAGGAAGAACCACUCCUUUUCCGUGGUGUCACGUCACACACUAGGUUUUUUGUGAGAGCUAGUAAUGCCUAUAUAUGUAUGGUUUUUAAAUCCAGGCCAUGUUUUUGCACAGCUGUGGUAUAUUGUACCUCACCCCAAUCCAUCUCCCUGUGUGCACAGGGUUUACUCAAAGGGUGACAAAGGACAGA